UGUUUCUCUGCAGCCGGCAGAGGGAGACUGGGCUGCUGGUGUCAGUGGGUCAUAGUUUUUUUUUGUCUCUGCACAUUAGAGAGGGUACACAGGAAGCCUCUGAUCGCAUGGACAGAGACCUGCCACCGCUCACAGCAGAGUACAUGUAUGAUCCGCUCAUGAACUAACGAGGCCUAUUCUUCACUGGGUGGAUUGUUUCUGGGUUGUCUAUCUGCGAACUGACAGGGCACGAUGUCACGGCGGGACCAGAGGUUUCGGAGAGGAAUGAAGGGAAGGUGUUGUGAAUGUGGCUGUAUCCUGUCUCACUGGUACUAUGAAAGAGAGGGACAGCUCUUCUGUAAGAAGCACUACUGGGGCCGUUAUGGAGAGCACUGCCACGGCUGCAAGGAGACCAUCACAACAGGACUAAUUAUGGUAGCUGGAGAGCAGAAGUACCAUCCUGAAUGUUUCACUUGCAUGAGCUGCGAUAUGUUGAUUGGCGAUGGAGAAACGUACACGCUCGUUGAACGCACCAAACUCUACUGUGGUCAAUGUUUCCGUCAGGAUGUGGCGUCAGCUGUGAGACCAGCUGCUCAACUCACCAAGAGUCCCCACAUGGUGGCGCUGGUGUCUCUCCCACCCAAUGCAGGUGAACACCGAGGUCUGACUGUGGACAUUGACCACAGUCAAGACAAAAGUCCUCAUGUCGUUGUGACAGAGUUAGACUCAGCUGUCCUCAGCCCAGAUCUGCUGUCCUCUGUCCACACCGGCGAUCGAGUGCUGGAGGUCAACGGCAUUCCUGUUCGCAACAUUUCCCCGGAUGAGAUACACUGUGUGAUCCUGGACACUAGCAGACCACUGCAGCUCACCAUUGAACACAACCCGCGGCCUCCUGACGACCUCCUGCACUCAAACAGUCCUCAGGACAGCAUCGCCUGUUCUGACCCCUGUUCUCACAAAAAACUUUCAUCAACCCACAAACUCCAGAGUCUGGAGGAAGAGCCAAAUCCAGGGGAGGAGACGGCUGAAAAAAACAGAUUGAGCCUCUCACCACCUCAGCACCAAGGAACCAUGGGAAUGCGAUCCAGACAUAUCCUGCGCAGCUGUAGUAUAGAUAAGUGUCCUCUGUCCACUGGAGCACUGACGCUGUUAUGUCAAAGGAGAGACAUGGUUCGCUCAGAGUCUCUUCGUGCCGACCAUGGAGAUCGGACUCAUCGCAUCUUCAGACCCUCAGACCUCAUCCAUGGAGAAGUGCUUGGCAAGGGCUUCUUUGGUCAGGCUGUCAAGGUGACGCAUCGUGAGACAGGGGAGGUGAUGGUGAUGAAAGAGUUGAUUCGAUUUGAUGAGGAGACGCACAAGACUUUCUUAAAUGAGGUGAAGGUGAUGCGAUGUCUGGACCAUCCCAAUGUGCUAAAGUUCAUUGGGCUGUUUUACAAAGACAAACGAAUAAACUUCAUCUCUGAAUACAUCCAGGGAGGAACUCUUCGAGAAACCAUCAUAAAAAUGGACAAGGACUUUCCCUGGAGUACAAGAGUUAGUUAUGCCAAAGAUAUUGCGGCUGGAAUGGCUUAUCUACACUCCAUGAAUGUUAUCCAUCGAGAUCUAAACUCUCACAACUGCCUGGUUAGAGAGAACCAGUCUGUGGUGGUGGCAGAUUUUGGACUGGCCAGGCUGGUGAGGGAGGAGAAGAAUCAGAUCAGAACAUCUUCUAUGGAGCGGCCUGCGAAGGGGACGCUGUCGGAGCUCCGCAGGCCUGACAGGAGGAAGCGGUACACUGUGGUAGGAAACCCCUACUGGAUGGCCCCUGAGAUGAUCCAUGGAAAAACCUAUGAUGAACGGGUGGACGUCUUUUCUUUUGGUAUCAUGAUAUGUGAGAUAAUAGGCAGAGUGAGUGCCGACCCUGACUACCUUCCCCGUACAAACGACUUUGGGCUGAAUGUAGUCAGCUUCCUGCAGCAGUACCACCCUCCACUGUGCCCCUCUGCCUUCCUGCCACUGGCUGCCCUGUGCUGUGACAUGGACGCUGAUAAACGUCCUUCCUUCUCAAAGCUGGAGGAGUGGCUGGAGAACCUGCUCAUGCACCUGGACAUCGGUUUGCCUUUGCUCUCUGAGUUAGAGCAGCUCCGUCGAGCUUUCUGGCAAAACCACACACAACUAAACUCUCACAACCAGGGCAACACCCUGACAUCUCAUGAAUUAACCCACUGCUCACAGCCACGAGGACAGAGCCCUGAUCCUAAGAGUUGUACAGACAAUGCAAAUGACCACAUGGAGUCUAGUCACCUGCCUCAAAGCCAAGACCAAGACAGUAAACCUGACAGUCAUUUGGAUGGACAGCAUCACACUGAUGACGUGAGGACAGAGCACGACCUCAGCUGCUUGAGCAGAGACUGUACGAACCACUCACAAGACAACAGGCAGUGUUGCAUGUCUGCAAGCGCAGAGUCAGACAAGGACAGACCUGAAAGCUGUGAACACAACAACCCCUCAGGACGAGUCCAAGUCAACAGCUCUCUGCUCGGCCAGCACAGGAAGACGUGCAGAGCGCUGUGGGACAGAUCUACGGAGGACAGCUCCUUCCUCUGAAUUCUUAUAAUCUGCUGGGUGAGACAGGACCCAUCUGCAAAGCCCUGCUGUAAAAACAUUUUAUCAACACACCGGUGCCUUCUCGACGACGGGGAGAGAACUGAAAGUAAGGAGUACUGCUCAGAGAACGUGAAGGGAAAAGUAGAAACAGUGCACACAUCUUAUAACAGUUGCCUCAUGUUGCUCUGUGAACCAGUAUUUACAAUUUCCCUUUACCAUAUUCUACAAUACUAUGAUAAUAGUAUAUCUGUGAUAAGCUAAACCUCAUAGUCAAUCUAUUAGUUGGGUCCAAGUAUCAACUUUGUGGCCAGAAACUGUGAAACACAUAGCACUUUAUGCUUUGAAUUGCAUGCGUCACAUAUUUAUCAGAAUGCCUUAUAUGAAUUUUUCUGUUAAAAAUGUAAAAACCACAUUCAACACUCUGAGCUGUGAACAAACUACGACAAUAAAGAAGAUUAAAAAGUA